AAGACUCAGGUUUAGCCUUUGCUCCUGUUCUUCGCAUUUGAUCUGUUUCCUCUUUCGCGUUUUUUCCGAUCUGCAAAUUUUGGUUUUAUGUGAAUUUGCUGUAUCGAAGUCUUCGUCUCCAAAUAUCUAUUUUCCAUGUCGGACGAGGAAGUUGUUGACCCAAAGGCGACACUGGAAGUAACUUGCAAGCCUAAGUGUGUAAGGCAGCUAAAGGAGUAUCAGGCAUGUAGUAGAAGGGUAGAAGGUGAUGAAUCAGGGCACAAGCAUUGCACUGGACAGUAUUUUGAUUAUUGGCAAUGCAUUGACAAAUGCGUUGCCCCGAAGCUAUUUGAGAAACUCAAGUAACAAGGAUAUAAUUUGUUGAACCAUUACGAUUUUAUCUUGUUUUUUCGUUGUUAAACAAGGCAUUACCAUUUAUCCUGCCUGUGCUGGUGACUUGCAAUCUUCAAUCAACUUGGUUGUCGCAUGGAAAAUUUUGAACUAUGCACAUCUUAAAAAGUGAUUAAUAAAGAAACUUGUGGUUUAAAUUUUGUGGACA